UCUUACGAGAAAAAGGGAAAAGACACAGAUUUUCCGUUUCUACAAGAAUUUUUAGUGUCGGCAAGUACCCGUUGGAUGGAAAUAAGUGGAAAAUUACGGGAGUGAUUAAUGGGCACUAAUUAUGGAAUUAAAUUUGAUUAGUAGGUAAAUUAAAGAAAAUUUAAUUGGAGUCAAUAAUGGCUAAUGUGUAGAUGAAGACUGUCCUUUUCUUAAUUCUGUUUCUGUGCUGUCCCUUCAGCUUUCGAUUUUAUUUUUAAUUUUGUAAUUGUAAUAUAUAAAUUUUUUUUUCUCCUUAAUAGCAACUCAUCAUCAUUCAACCGCAUCCUUUUCUUCUCUUUCUCUUCUUACCUAUUUUCUUCGCCCAGUUUAGGAGUAGUAGUUCUAUCGGGUGAGGUGAAUGAAAGCUUGAACUUUGAAGAAGAAGAAAACAUGAAAAGGCUAGUAUUUUUUCUUUUGCUCCUGGCAUUGAGUCAUGCAACAAAAUACAAUGGAGUAUGCAAUUCUGACUGGCCGUUGACACCGAGGCCUCACAGCGUGUCUGUCUCGGAAUUUGGAGCAGUUGGAGAUGGAAAAACAUUAAAUACUCUGGCAUUUCAGAAUGCCAUUUUCUAUCUUAAAUCCUUUGCUGACAAGGGUGGUGCUCAACUCUAUGUUCCAGCAGGCAAGUGGCUUAUUGGAACCAUCAACCUUACCAGCCACCUCACACUUUUCCUGGAAAAAGACGCCAUUAUUCUUGGCUCUCAGACUGAGUCCGAGGUUGAUGCUUGGGCUCAUCCAACAUUCCCAUUUGCAGUGCUGUUGUUAUCAGUGCUGCCAAAAAUGGCAACGGGGACUGCCCCUGAGGCCCCUCUGACAGUCACGUUGGAGAGAAAAGGGGAGUAAGUAUAUCACUUACGUAAAUUGUAGGAUAUAAUUCCAAACCUUUUUGCAUUGCCCUUUUAUUAAAUAGUACAGGUGGUUUUUAUAGUUGGGAGUGAUUUUAGUAAUCUCUUAUAUUAUUGAGAAGAUUGGGAGAGAAUGCCUUCACUCAUGGUUUGCAUUCUCCAUAGUAGAAACCAAAUGUCUUUAUCUACUGAUUAUAUAUCUCGCUCCUUUAGAAGAUAUUAAUGUUGUUAAUGCUCUUUGUAUAAGUUAUAUGUGUAAUACUGUUUUCUGACAUUCUCUUUGCAUUGUGUGAUCUGUGUUCUCCACUUUAUCAUGCUUUGUAGAAAUUCUCUUUCUAUGAGGCUGCUUAAAAUGAAAACUUCUCAAGACAACUUUAAAUACAAAAGAUAAACAGAAUUUAGUAUCCCUUGAGCAUGCUGUCUCUCUCAUACAUUAUUUACUAAUUAAAGGAGCUAUCUUAGAUUUGACAGCAAAGUAUUUUCAUUAGAUGAGUUUUCAAUAUUCUAUUUUUGGUGGUUAUAAUAUAUCCAAGCUCAUAUAUGAAUUUUUGGUCUUCUACCCAAACAAGAUGGUGUUUUGGCAAGU